ACAAAUAUUUGAGAUAAGUUGGCAAUGGUAUUGCAAAAGUCGUGUGGAUUGAUUAAAUAAAAAGUGACACACACACACACAAGCAUAUGAGGCUUUAUCGACAUUUAAAAAAAAUUGUAUGACAAUAGGCAAAACGUAACUAUUAGAAAAGCAACGAUAAUCAAUUAUCUAGCUUCAUCGAUUCGAACAUUAUUUACAAAUAUUAGACCUCGGAACGUUAUCUUUUAUAAACACACUUAGCGCGCGAGUCAAGCGAGCGACUGGACUCGGCAUUCGGAAAAGCCUCGCUAAAGUAUGACGUUUCAUCUAUACGUGUGUAACAAAUUUGUCAUAACAUCCACAGAUUUCAUAGAAAAAUCGAGUUUUCUAUUUUACUCCCAUAAUUGAUAACUUUACCGAGAAGUGUCGACGAAAAGGAAACAGUAAUGCACGCUUGAAUCAUCGUUAUUUUAUCAACAUAGACAAAGCGUGCUUAACUUGUCAGUAUCAAGUUGGAGUUCCCGCAUUUCACUCUAGCCGAUCUCGAGUUUUUAUCAGGAUUUCAUUGAGUUGGUGCUUUGAAAACUUAGACAUCGUCCAACAAAUAACACGAAAAAUGGAUCCACCUAUUCCCUCGUGGAGGCGAUUGACCUUUAUUGAGCCGGUAACGUUUUUCAUCAUGUUCUCGUUCAGUAUUUCUGACAGCGUCAUUACGGACAUGAUAGUAUUCAAGACGUGCAGAAAAAUAAUGCAAGGAGAUGAGAAAAACAACUGUACCAUCCUUUACGAGAACAGCAGCAGCGACGCGGCGAAAGCUCUGCAGGAAAUCGUCCAGCCUCACACGGCUACGCUUUUGGUUUUGAAAUCGUCAAUAGAAACUUUAUUUCCGACGAUUCUUAUUCUGUUUCUUGGGCCGUGGAGCGAUACCAAUGGUCGAAAACCGCUCCUCACGUUUCCAUUCAUAGGUUCUAUAAUCUACUAUUCUCUGUUCGCCAUUCAGAGCAGCUUUGAAAUCGAUACCUACUGGUUUCUCAUACCAUGUCUCAUCUCGUCUCUCAUGGGCGGCUUCCCUACGAUUUUGCUGACCUGUUUCUGUUACAUCACCGACGUGACCGAUAGUCAGAACCGAUCGUGGCGUCUGGGAUUCCUGGACUUCGUCCUCUUCGGAGGACAGCUAGUUGGAUAUCUCGUCAGUCCUGUGCUGUUCAAGGAAUUUGGCUAUUGCGUGGUUUUUGCUGCAUCGGCUGUUAGCUGCGCGUUAGGGUUUGCGUAUUCGUACUUUUUUCUGAGGGAGACCAUCUAUACCGGUCUGGGGAGAUCUGUAAAAAGCGUCUUCGAACUCACGCAGAUCAAGGAUUUAUUUGUGACUGCCACUAAAAAGCGCAGUGGUUUCGACAGGGGCAUAUUCUUGUGCUGUCUUCUGAUGAUCGCUUUCCACGACGACAUGAUGCAAGGAACGGCGACUAUUGUUUAUCUCUUCACGAAAAGAUUCGGAUGGAGUAUCAUGGACUUUUCGACUUAUUCGGUCGUACAUCUGUCUGUUAAUAUGAUUGGAAUGAUGUUACUCAUCAAAAUUAUCGCACCGUAUUUAAAACUUCCGGAAACCGUGAGCAUUAUCAUUGCGAGUCUAUCAAAUAAUGGAAACGCGCUGGCGAAAGCUUUCGCACGGCAAUCUUGGCACAUGUAUCUGGCUACAGGGAUCGGAAUUUUCAGCUUGGCUCCUGCCUCCCUGGUUCGAAGUAUCAUCUCGAAAACUAUCGCCAAACAUGAUGUUGGUAAAGCUUUUGCAAUAACAACGACGGUGGAAAAAAUAGGACCCUUCAUCACUACUCCACUGUUUGUCCUGUUGCACACAAACUUCAUAAAGACGUAUCCUUGUCCAGUAUGGUUUUUACCAGCAGUAUUGACUUGGGUCAAUAUAAUACUUGCAAUCAUUGUUCAUUACCGGUGGAGAAGACUGAGAAUUAAGAGAUUAACCCGCGAGACGGAUGAAUAACCUUGUAUCCUGAUUCCUACGAUAAACGAUUGACUGAUAAGCAAUUACAGGUAAAACGCAAACCAGUAAUCAGUAUUUUAAGAAUAAAACAUAUCAGGAGAUCCUGAUCUGACUGUAUAGACGCGUGCAUGUUUUAUUUUUUGAAAAGAGAUUUUAUUUGAAUAGAUUUUAAUCAAGUUAUGUUGAAAGUAUUGUGAAUUAAAGAGAUUUGUGCAACAAUAAGCUACUAGCAUAUAAUACAAAACGUAAAUGCAUUUAUGUAAACAACAUUAUACAAUAAUCAUUGUCCACCUAUAAAAAUCGCGUAAAUUAUAAAUUAUCAAUGCAUAAAGUUCAACAUAACAAAUAAUUUAAAUAUCGUGUUUUAAAUAACUUACAUUAUUUUCGAAAGUUACAAGAAAGCCAUUUUCUCAACUCAACAAUGAAUAAUUAAAAUCAGCAAAAUUGAAUAAUAAAAAUGAUAAAUAUUUAUUAAAGUGUCACCGAAAUACAUGGCAAUGCGGAAAUUCUUUCUCUUUUACGAUUCGCUCCAAAUUCUCAUUAAAUUCUGGAGUUCCACAAAUUAAUACAAGAGAUGAUUCAGGGGUAUAAGUGCUGAAUAUUUUAUCAAUUAAGUCUUUGUUAAUCCGGCUAUUUACAACAUUUACACCCGUAAUGUUUGCAGUACCUAAAAGAAUUAACAUUAAAUUUUCGUAUGUAUAAUUUUAAAAGUGAUCUAAAAAUUCUUAAAAAUUACUUUUAUGGCACAAGCAUAGUGUACACUCAAAAUUCCAAUAAUCUGACAAACGCCUAAGUUCAUUUUUCAAUGGCACAUGAGAGAAGGAGUGGAAUCCCGAAAUCAUGUUGAUUUUUGUAUCUUCUAAUUCGUUCUCUACUAUAGAGACAGCUAUUGGAUAGAUAGCGGCAAUUCCAGAGCCAAUGCUCAACAUGAUGAUAUUUUUGUAACUGAAAAUUUUAUGCAAUAAAGCAAUUUGUAAUAUUUUAAAAUUUUA